UUAAGGGGGCGUUUGGUUGGGGGUAUUAAGGAAAGGGAAAGGGAAUGAAAAUACCCCAUUCCCUUUGAUGUUGUUUGGUUCGCAUUUUGAAUCAUUCCGUUUACCCAAUUUUAGGUUUUGGUUAACCUAAAUCACGUAAUCCCCAUUCCCCACCUCCCCCUCCACUUUCCCAUUCCAUUCCCUUCCCCAUUCAGCUCCUGCUUCCUUCCUCGCCUCCCUACUGCUGCUGCUGCCUCCUUCCUCGCGCCUCCCUCCUCGCGCCUCCUUGCUGCUGCUGCUGCGCCUCCAUUAACGGAAUCUCCAUUAACAGAAAAUGGCUAGCAUUGGUACUUCUUUGAAAAGGAAGAGAAAUUGGGAUUGUAUUCGGUUCAUAAUUACUAUGAUUAAUUGUGUUGUGUUGCUACAUUUGAUGUUGUACUCGAUGAGAAAAACUAUAUACGAUUCCCAUUAUGUUAAGCUUGAUAAAAAAACUAGGAGAAAAAUGAGAUUGCACAACUUGAAUAGAAUGAUUAGAGAAAGUGACACUUUGUGUAGGAACUAUCUUCGUAUAAAUCGAUACACAUUUGGUGUUCUUUUAGAGAUGGUUAGAGAUAUUGGUGGAUUAAAUGAAACAAGAAACACAUGUUUGGAAGAGAUGGUUGCGGGUUUCUUAUACACAUUAGCUCACCAUAAGAAAAAUAGAAUGAUGGGUGCACAUUUUUAUAGAAGUGGUGAAACUAUUAGUAGACAAUUUCAUGCUUGUUUGUUAGCAAUCUUAAAGUUACAUGAUAUUCUUCUUAAGAAACCAACACCAAUACAAGAGGAUUGCAACGAUGAAAGAUGGAAAUAUUUCAAGGUAAAUAAAAACCAACACUUUAAUUUGAGAUAAAAUGGAGAUACUAUUACAUAUUGUAAAGUGAUAUUGUUUGUUUUGUAGAAUUCAUUAGGUGCCCUUGAUGGUACAAUGAUUCUAGUGAAUGUUCCUUGUGAUGAGCGAUCCAAAUAUCGGACUAGAAAAGGUACCCUUGCUAUGAAUGUAUUAGGAGUAUGUUCACCCGAGAUGGAAUUUAUAUAUGUCUUACCUGGUUGGGAGGGGUCGGCACACGAUGGUCGGAUUCUUCGAGAUGCUAUUUCUAGGCCUAAUGGGUUGAAAGUUCCAAAAGGUAAUUUGAUUGACGUACUAGAUUUUAUUUGAGAUUAACUUAGUAAGAGAGUAAUAUUUUUUUUUUAAUUUGUCAAGGUUGUUAUUAUCUAUGUGAUGGAGGAUAUACUAAUGGAGAAGGAUUCCUUGCACCCUAUAGAGGGCAUCUUUAUCAUCUUAGAGAAUGGAAUAAUGGCCCCCGACAACCCCAAACCGCCGAAGAAUAUUUCAACUUAAGGCAUGCAAAAGCUAGAAAUGUGAUUGAGAGAUGCUUUGGAUUACUCAAGGGAAGAUGGGGGAUUCUUAGAAGUCCUUCUUGGUUUAGUUUACAAACACAUGGUCGAAUUGUACUUGCUUGUGCUUUAUUACAUAAUUUGGUAAAGAGAUACAUGCUUGCAGAAUUUGAUGAUGAGGACUUGUUUGAGGAAAAUGAUAGUGAUGAUAAUGAUGGUGAUGAUAAUGAUGGUGAUGUUAAUGAGGAAGAUGAUGUGGAGUACAUAACCUCCAUUGCUGUAACCGAUCCAUGGACGAAUUUCCGAAAUACAAUGGCCCAACAUAUGUUCAAUGAUUGGAGGGCUAGACAACGCAGACUUACUUUGUGAUGUUAUUCAUUUUUAUUUAAAACCUCCAUUUCUUGUAUUUGAUUUUCAGACUUGUAUGUUUAUUUCUUGUAUUGAAUAUUUGUUGGUUCAUUCCAUUUUUAUAUACAUGCAAUUUUGUUUACUAUGAUCAGUAUAGUUCAAUUUUGUUUAUUUGUAUUGAAUGUUAUAGAGGAUGGAUGAAAGUAGUGCUAGUGGAGGUGGAAGGGGAAAAAACAAACGAUUUUGGACUGCCCAAGAAGAUAAGGCUCUUGUGGAAGCCUUGUCAGAGUUAGCUGUUGAUCCUCACUGGAGGUGUGAAAAUGGAUUUAGAAGCGGCUACAUGGUUCGCUUAGAGGAGCUCAUAGGUAAGGCUCUUCCUGGUUGUGGUUUGAAGGCUCUGCCACACAUUGAUUCUCGACUUAAGACACUUGUAGCCAAGUUUAGGGCUAUUUCUCAAAUGUUAAAUACAAGUGGAUUCGUCUGGGAUGAUGAAAAAAAAAUGAUUUCUGUAGAUCGGGCUGUUUAUGACGAGUAUUGCAAGAAUCAUCCGAAUUGCAAAAACCUGUUUGGAGUUUCAUUUCCGCACUUUCAUGAACUAAUGAAUGUUUACGGCAAGGAUUACGCUACCGGAAAACCAGCUGAAGAUUAUGUUGAAGCAAUACAGAAUUUGCAAAACGUUGCCCCUCCACAAGUUACACUUGAUUCAAGUGAUGAUGAGGGAAUUGAUGCUAGUGGUAAUGCCACUCAAACUGUUACUUCUCCUCCUGCUAAAAAAAUGAAAACUGAAAAAACUUCUAAUAAAAGAAGUAAGAGAGGAAAUGCUGGUGAAGGUAGUUCUAAUGAGUUGGCUAGCUUACAAGCAUUCAUGAAAGACAUGAAUGUUCAUCUUUCAACUAUGGCAAAUGUGAUGGCCCGCACUGAUGAUCGUGAGCAAAAAGUAGUUGAACAGACUGAGAAAGUGUUAGAGGAACUACUAUCUUUUAAUUUAGAAGGUGUAACUCCUAACCAAGUUUUUGAAGUGGCUAACAUUCUAACCUCACAACCAAACAAGCUCCUCAUAUUUUCAAAGUGUCCCGACGCUUUGAAAAGUGAUUAUGUUAAGAGUCUUCUUGGAGGAAAUAGUAAUGCUUAGAUCUAAUGUUGUGGUUCCAUGAAUGAUUUUGAAAAGGACUAGAACACUUUUCGUAUGUAUUUUGAUCUACAAACAAGUCAUUAUAUGUAAUUAAUCGAGCUACGUUGUUAUUAUUUAGAGUUAUGUUUUUUCAAAAAAUAAUUUUUUCAAGUUUAUCAUAUAACAACUACUUAUUUUUGGAGAAAAUAUAAAAGAAUUUAAAAAAUCAAAUUUUGAUUCCUUAGCUUGAACCAAACAGUCACAAAGGGAAUCAUUCAGCAGUUCAUUCCGUUUCCUGAACACAACCAAACAACUAGGCUAAAUUAGGGGAAUCCAUUUCUUUCUCCUUCAUUCCCUUUCCUGAUUCCAUUCCGAUUCCCUUGUGCGAACCAAACGG